AUUUCUAGCUCAAUCAUUCACCGAUCACCUCUUUCGAGGGUCAAACCAAUUCUACUGUCUUCUCUGUCCGUCUGAGAAACGGCCACAACCCCACUCACCCAUUCUCACCCAUUCUCCCCCUACCCCAUCCAGUACAAACAUACGCCCCAUACACUCCACUCACCUUACCCCGUUCAGUACAAACAUACUCCCCUCUCACCCCAUUCAUUAUCAACAUACACUCAACUUCCCGCCCACCAUUCAUUACGCAAAGAUAAUCAAGAAAGAUCUCGUCGAAAUGUCAAAAACAUAUAAAAUACACGUCCCUGCAAGUACAGCCAAUAUCGGACCUGGAUUUGAUGUUUGUGGUAUUUCUUUAUCCUUAGAAUUACUCGUCACCGUCACUAUCCCUGAUACUUCUCUUAUCCCUACUCUUUCCUCUACUUCCUCUUCCAUUUCCCCCUCUACCUCAUCACCUUCAACCAUCUCCAACUCGACCAAUCCAUCAAGCCAGGAUUAUUCCUCAUCACCCACGACCAAUCCAUCAAGCUCAAACCACUCUCCACCAACAUUAACCUACACCGGAUUAUCAUCAACAACAGUCCCUUUAUCACCCUAUAAAAACCUCAUAACAAGAGUAUCUCUCUACGUCCUUCAUUCCCAUCAUCUAACUUUCCCACCGAAUAUAAAAUUAAAUAUCCAUAAUUCAAUCCCAUUCGGUAGAGGUCUAGGUUCAUCAGGUGCAGCAGUCAUAGCAGGUGUUUUAUUAGGUGAUCUCUUAGGUAAUUUAAAUCUAUCAAUUCAAAGGAAAUUAGAUUACGCUUUAAUGGUAGAACGUCAUCCUGAUAAUGUUACAGCAGCUUUGAUUGGUGGUUUCAUAGGUAGUUAUUUGAAGGAAAUUAAGAGUGAUGACGGAAUGGAUUUUAAAGAAAUACCUUUGGCUGAAGUUUUACCUGAAUAUCCUGAAAAUGUUGAGAUAUUAGGUGAAGAUUGGGGAAAAAACGUUCCAUUACCACCGAAAAAUAUAGGGAAUUGGGUUAAAUGGAAUUGGUUGAAAGAAAUUAAAAUGGUGGUGGUCAUACCGGAAUUCCAAGUUGCUACUGCUAAAGCUAGAGGUGUUUUACCUGAUAAAUAUGAUAGGAAAGAUGUUAUAUUCAACCUACAACGAUUGGCAGUUCUCAUCACCGCUUUGACAACUUUACCUCUCAAUCCUGAGUUGAUAUAUGAAGCUAUGAAAGAUAAAUUGCAUCAACCGUAUAGGAUGGCUUUGAUCCCAGGUCUCACCGAAAUCCUCACCUCUCUAUCACCCACCACCCACCCCGGUCUCCUCGGAAUAUGUCUCUCAGGCGCAGGACCGACCAUCUUAGCUCUCGCCACACACAACUUCGACCUCAUAGCGGAAAGUAUCAAGGAGGUGUUUAAGAAAGAAGGUGUCAAGGCUGAUCAUGAGGUUUUGACUGUUGAUACGAGGGGAAGUUGGGUUGAGGAGGUAGAGUAAGGGGUUUUGGUCGAGACUGGGCCUGUUGGAUCGUCCGAUUUAAUUGUCAUGAGGAGAGGGUGAAAACGUGGGUGGGAAGAGGUGGGGUCAUGGUAAGUCAGGGUUUCCGAGUUGCGAAGAUAUAAUCUUACCUGGGAUGGGAUGUUGGGUUCGUUUUUGGGAAGUCAACAACAAUACUUUGACCAUCCGACUUUGAGGUUUGGUGUGAUAAUGAGGCCAGCCGUAUGAUGCGACGUCGAAGAAGAAAGUUCCAUAUUAAUCACUUAUAGAUUUUUAAAAAAGGAUGUAGAUCAUGCAUAUAUCACAAUC